AUGUCAUUGACUGCUUCAAAUAACAAUACAACACCACCAGUCAUAAGAAUUAUUACACCACCAUCCUCGCCAAUAAUAAUGGUGUCAGGUAAUGAAGAAUGGGAUAAUGUUGAUGAUUUUUCAGUAGAAUCUUUUCCCGGCGAAGAAUCUUCUAUCAACAACAAUAAUAAUACAACUUUCACGCCUAGUUCACCACCAGAGGAAAUAAACGGUGAAGAUAUUUCUACUGAUUUUGACUUUACAAAAAAUAAUAACAAUAAUUCAACCGACAUUUUACAAAAAAUGGGACAUUGGCUUUAUAAUACGCGACUCGUUCAAUAUAUGAAAUCUGAUGAAAGAUCAAGAGUGAAACAUAGCUAUACAACGAAUUCUAUAUGGAUGCUUGGAAUAGAGUAUUCAUUCACAGUAGAGGAUGGCGAGUUCGUUAAUCUUCCAAAACCUGACAGAGGUGAACAUGCAAGAGGUGGAAAUUUUUCUCCAAAAUCAAAGAAAACUCGUAGAAUGACAUUUACAAGUUUCUUUUCUAAUAAAGAAAAAACCAAAUAUAAUAAAGCUUCGUCAAGAUUAUCACCUCAUUUAGAAGCUGAAACAUUAGAAAAACAUUUAACAACUAGACCAAAUAAUUCAUCUGUUGACAAUAUAUCUAUAGAAACAAUAACAAUUGAAUCAAAGGAAAAAAUAGAUAAAUUGUCCAAUCAUAAUAAUAAUUAUUCUUCUACUUUUAACGAAUCACCAUCAUUAUCAAAUUUAGCGACAAAUUUAAAUUACAAUAACGAUGACGACAAUAAUUCCGAUUUAACGACAAGUUUAAAUUACAAUAACAAUAAUAACAAUAAUCCUGAGAAUUCAGAUAGUUGGGUUAAUAGAAAAUCAACAUCAUCAGAAAGUGGUUCACUUCGAUCUUUAAAAUCGUUACCUCCAACACCUACAAGUUUAUAUAGACCAGAUUCAUUAGGACCUUUAACAAUAAAUCAAAAAAAGUUGAUGGAUUUUCUUUUGGAUUUUCAAUCAAGAAUAUUUUGUUGUUAUCGUAAAGAAUAUCCACCAAUUGAACCUUCCUUUCAUACCACUGAUACUGGUUGGGGAUGUAUGCACAGAACUGGUCAAAGUUUAUUGGCACAGGGAUUUUUGAUUGUUCUUUUAGGAAGAGAUUGGCGAUUACAUAAUGUUCAAAACGAUAUUGAAAAAUUCACAUAUAGAAAAAUAUUAAGUUGGUUUGUAGAUAACCCAGAUCCGGAACAUUAUUAUUCAAUUCAUAAUAUUGCUAGGAUUGGAAUUUCAUUAGAUAAAAAAAUAGGUGAUUGGUUUGGACCCUCAACAAUAGCACACUCAUUAAAACGUUUAUCACUAACUCAUAAAGAUUGCCCUUUGUCAAUCUAUGUGCCAUCUAACAAUACUAUAUAUCGUGAUGAAUUAUUUGGUGAAAUGAAAUUGUGGAAGCCUGUUUUAAUUUUGUUAUCUGUAAGAACAGGAAAGACUCAAGUUGCACAUACUUUAUGCAUUGCAACAUGA